GGUGUCCCCCCCAGGCCGCUGCUGGGGGAGCUGCUGCCGCCGGGUCCUCCAGCCCGCUGGGGGUCGCUGUUCCGGCGCUCGCGCGAGCCGGGCCCCGCCCAGCGGCUGCUCGAGGCGUUCGCGCGUGCGCCGGGCCCCGAGGCGCCCCCUGCCGGAUUGUACCGGGACUUCCUGCGCCGCUGCCACGCCCUGCCCGGCUAUGGGUGUGCUUUCUUCCCGGGAGCCAUUGAGCGGCCGUCGGGGGGGCUGCUGGCCCGGGGGGGGCUGCGCCCCGUCAGCGUGGCCGUGGGGCUCGAGGGGGUCACCAUCAUCGACCCCCGCCAGAAGCACGUGCUGCUGUCCCUGACGUACCCCGAGCUGUGCUGGGAGCUGGUGGGGGCCGUGGGGCAGGACGGGGACCCCGCGGGGCAGGACGGGGACCCCACGGAGCCCCCCCAGCUGUGGCUCGAGUUCGAUGGGGACCACGAGGGAGCCCCUGUGAACCGACUGCUGCGCGUGUUCUCCCCGCAGGUGUGAGCAUCCGGGACA